AUGAGAAGAACACCUCCUUUGACAAUUGGCAGCACCGCCAUAAACUCUCGAUCCAAUAGUUCUGCACCAAUCAACAUUCACAACACUCGCUACUCACCAACAAAGAUUCAAAAGCCAAAGAAAACCAGUCCUAGCAAGUUUCUCUCUCCAAAGACUCUUAUGAAUAGUGCUCGUUUGGCUGCUGCAACCUCUCAACAAGUUCCUGCCAAACAAUGUUUCUAUUAUCACAAUUAUGGAAGAGGUGUUGCGAAUCAGCAGCCGCAGGUCAAGAUUUUGACUGAUCAGCCACCACAUGGAUAUUCUCAGCAGCACACACCCUUUCAGCAAUUUUCGUCCUUUUCCAAUCAACAAACCAAAUAUGGUCAUCAAGGGAUCUCAAUAGUCACUACAGCAGCUGCGAACACAUUGGAUUCAACCACUCAGCGAUCAUCACAAAUAUGUUCGAACAGAAUUGGUACGACACAAAACAAGCAAUUGCAAGAACCAAAAAACCAAAUAUUUACUCCUCAACAACAAACAAAUUGCUUGACAUCUGCUUCCCAACAACAUCACAGACACUAUCAUCAUCACUUUGCAAACGACCAACAGGCAUUGACUUUCCAACACUCUCUCAAUUAUAGGAUUCUCAAUCCUCAAUCUGUGGUUCCUUCCUCCGAGAUCUAUUCCAACAACAACAACUUCAACCACGUGACAUCUACCAUGGGUCAACGUCAUUCCACCAACCAUUCAAAUGGUUGUUUUGUGACCACAGCUACCCACCCAGCUUGUAUGAAUGUCUCCUCCUCGUAUCAUCGCAUCAACCAGUCCGUGCAUCCUUUGGUCCAUAUGAAGAGUAGCAGCACAAGUUCCCUUCCCAUUCCAACUUCCACCACAACGCCACUUUCAAUGGAGCAGCUCUCGAAUGUGAGUGCCAACUCUUCUCUGGCUUCGAUUGCCACCUCAAGCACUUCUGUGAGUGCCAUCUCAACUCGAAGUAGUGUCUCAAGUAAUACGAGCUCUCUCAGUAUUGGAAGCGACGUGUCAGAUUCUCUUAAAUAUAAUCAUGAUCCAAGAGUGACUACGAUAGCAAGAUCAACGUGGAACGUUCCAACUACCUCAACGACUUUACAACAGUCCUCUUUCAUGUCCAAUGGCAACACCAACUCCAAUCCUCAAGGGCAUGGACUCGAUAAAAAGGCUGAACCCUUCUCAGAGAGAAAGCCUGCUCUUGCCAUGGAACCCUCCAUUAAGGAAGAUGAGAUCAUGCCAACCUCCACACAAAAUCAAGCAUCUUCCAUUCAUAACAAGCAACUGGGAUUAAUGUGGUCUCCAACCAAGCUACAACGAGCUCAAGAACGAACUAAAAGACAAAUUCUGAGUGUCUUAUUGUCACCAUCGAGCUCUGAAGAUGAUGAAGAAGAGGAAGAGAUCUUUGCCAAGAUCCAACAACGAUACAAUGAGGCAACUCUCAGAAUCAACUCGAUCAUUAACUCAACUCUACCUGUGAACACCAUUACAACAACCCAAACCCAAACAACCAAUGUAAAUAAUAUUAAUCAUGCUAACCAGACGACCAUCAUAGCUAAUCCUCAACAACAAAAACAACCACAACCAAAGGCAGCUCCUCAACUUUCCUCGAGUGCAGAAAGUAAUGGAAGUGAUAAUCACUCGCGCUCUCGACCUCUCACCUUCAAGACCCAAAAUCUGACAUCCUCCCUCCAGCAAGAGAAGGAUCGCAUUGAGGGUUUGUAUCUUCCUCCCAUUGUUUUCCCACCAAAGAAUGUGCAAGCCAAUAAUUUUGAGAUUCAAGAGGAUAAAAAGUUGGCCAUGAUGCUUCAACAAGAGAAGUGUGCAUUUAACAAUUCCUUUGAGAGCAGUUGUAGCAGUGUUGAGUAUGCCACUCCCAAAAGUUCGACGACUGAAGCGGUCCAACAAAGCAAUCUCGCUCAUCGAUAUCCUCAAAUCAAUCAUCGAUACAGCGGUGUUGUGAAUAGUAUGCUUGAUACUUUAUUUGAAAAUUGCGAAGAGGAACGAACCAUCAUGUUCGACGAUGGUGACGAUGACGAUCUCUUGAGUAUUGGUCACUCACCCAUGUUUUCGAGUCCAAGUUCUUUAGGAAUGGAAGAGUGCAGUCUUUCAUCUUAUGGUGAAGAGAGCCCAGCACUUUCACCUGAAAGCCUGAGACAAGAAGCUCUGAAGAUGGAACGAGAGCUCUUCUUUGAUCGAGUACCACCUGAAGCUAGACUCAAGAUUGACGACUUCUCGGUGCAAGUCAGAAGCUUUGGUCAAACAACUUAUCGACACAUUCCAAUCAUUACUCUUGUGGCUCAUUGCCUCAAUCAAAUUUUCUUGAAUGGAAGCAAGGCCACCUCUCUCUUCCUAGAACGAAUGAUGAGUAUUGUAUGUGACCGAGCUGAAAUUGAUCAUCGAUGCCUCUUGUCCGCCUUGUUCUUUAUGGUAAAGCUCCAAAAUCCAUCUUUCAUCCAUGAUGAGAACAACAUGUCACUCUUCAGUUGUGAUUCCUCAAUCAACAAGAAACAUCAAGUAGCAUGUAUCUCGACCAAGAAUUUCAUGUUCAUCUUUCAUGUGUGCCUCAUGAUUUCCUCAAAGAUUAAUGAGGACAAUUAUUAUAACAAUAAGACCUUCUUCAAAUAUAUGGCUCCUAAUGAAUUUAGACUCAUGUUCCACGCAUUCAAUAUGGAUAUGGCUUUUGAUUACAUGCCAGAUAUGAGACGCGUGAUGGUCAAGGAAGACGGAAGCGUUCCAAUCUUCCCUGCGUUGAGCUGUAGUGAGAGAUUCCACAGCCAAACAUUGGCCAAUGAACACCAAAAGAAGCUCUUCCAACAAUUCAACACUACUGAAGUGAAUAUUACUCGAAUGCUCAAUUACGAAGUGUGUGUUAAGGAGCAAGAAUUGUACAACUUUUUACACAAGCUUGAGAGAGUUAACGAAAGCUUGUUCUCAUGUUAG